UAGCUAAACCGACCCAUGUAAGAAACAGAGCUGCUAUCUGUCUCUUUCUCGCUCUAGCACCUUGGGAAAUUACCAGAAGCCGUGGCGAAAAAAGCCCACUUGAUCUCCCUAUGAACCAUACCCUUCAGGGAAUUUGGUUAUCGGUUUGUGGGUUUCGCUGUUUGGAACUGCAGACAUUGCUCGAACUCGCUGUUUCUCUUUGGUAGGGACAGAGAGGGACGGCUUGGGAGGAGGAUGUUUGAAAUGAGAGAAGAAGGGUAUUGUUUUCCACGAGUCUUGGUGGCUGUCAUUGCGGGUCUUGCUCUUCUUGACGGCAUUAUUUCUUUCUUUGCAUACCUUCAGUUAAUAAGAAUCCACAUGAGGAAUUCACAAGUUGGCUGGACUCGGCAAAAAGUGUUUCAUCUAAUGAUUGGCAGUUCCAGUUUGGGUUUCUUCUUUUAUUUUGUAUUGACACUUCUUGGUACUUGCUAUGGAUGGACGUGCUGGUCACACUCCUGUGGUUUUAUUUUUUUGGCUUUCCCUAAAAUACUUUUCUUUGCAGCAUUUCUUCUACUUUUAUCCUUCUGGGUUGAUCUUUGCCAUCAGCCAGAUGAUGACGAUGAUUAUGAAGGAAGCUUUUCUGAGGAAACUUUACUAAGAAAGUCCUUUAAUGAUUGUACUUUAGCAGGCAGAGCAAGCCAUAGAAAAUGGUUUCCCCUUCGGUUGUCUCAUGUUGGUAAUCGGCAGAAGAUUGUACUUUUGGUUACACUUCUAGUUUUUGUCAUCAUGCUGGUAUUUGCUGUAAUAAUAUGGAUUGGAUUAGGGAAGAAUCCCAUUGAUUCAGCAGUGGCUGCUCGGGAAAGACGGAAGGAGCAGAUUUGUAGCAUAUGAUGAUGGGGCAAAGAUGAAGUUUACUUUUCUCUUUAAAUACAUGAUAUGAUAGCUACCUGGGGCUAGCUCAGGUAAUGAGGGUAGGGUGGAGUGUGGGUUGAGAUUAAGGAUUCAAAUCCUCUUGUAACAAAAAAAAGAAAAAAAAGAAAAUGACAUGGUUUCACAUAAGUGAAUGGAGUGAAUAUAUAUAUUUGUAAACUCUGAUUGUUACUUACAAGUUUUGAUUUUGAAAUCGGCCAUGGUGCUAACUUAUGAGUUGAUCAUAAAUAAUGGUCAUGCCUUAAUUGUCCUGAAUUAUUAGAAUCUGUCCUAUAAUUUUGAAGAACAUUGUUGAGUGAUGAAAAAUGUUUAUUAUGAUCUAGUGACUUAAAAUUUG